AUGAACGAAGAAGGUGACAGUGCAUGGUUAGUAUACGAAUCUCCCUCCCAAAAUCAAGAAUUAAAAAGAAUGGAAACCCGUAUCUUGGAAGUAGGAAAUGACGUAAAGAGGUUGCAGCUAGACGUCCAUUCUUUAAAGUUAAAUCUAGACUGUGUAGCUGUUGCAGUGAAAAAUAUGAGCUCUCAAACAAAGAUGAUAAUAGAUAUGCUUCGCUCUCAAGUAGGCGAGAGCUCAAAGAAAACUCGAAACGAGACUUGUAGGGCAGUCGACAUCAAUACUGAUUCGGAGAAUGAUGAAGGAGAUGCCCUACAAAUAAAAUUAAGAUCUGGAAAAGUGCUACCAGAAAGGCAAGAGCCAGUUCAAAAGGAAAGAAAUAGAGAAGCUCUAGUCAACAAAGAACUUCCAACUUCUUCAAAUCAAGCAAAGCUGACAAGAAUAGAGUAUAAUGUACUCUCUCAUUUACGAAAAGUACCAGCACUUCUGAGUGUUUAUGACGCCCUCAUGAUGUCUAAAGAACUCAGAGAAGUGUUGAUUUAUGCUCUCCAAAAUCCUGAGCCCUUCCACGCAUAUUUCGCCGAGACAAGCAUGAAGGAGGCGUUAUACCUCGUCCACACCGCCAAUAUCACCUUUACAGAAAAGGAUUUAUUAAUGGGGACAACGCAUCAUAAUCGACCGUUAUAUGUGACCGGCACAAGUGACGGAGAAAAGAUGAACCGCAUUUUAAUUGACCCUGGAUCUUCUGUGAACUUAAUGACUUUAAGAACCUUAAAGAGUCUGGCAAUGGAUGUUGGCUAUUUAAACUCAGAAAAAGUCGUAAUUCAAGGGUUCAACCAACACAGUCAAAAGGCCCUCGGAUCUAUUACCCUCCCGAUAAGGUUUGGGAAGUUGCAAACUGAGGCAAAAUUUUAUGUUAUCAAUGCAGAUACUUCCUAUAAGGCAUUGUUAGGAAGGCCUUGGUUGCAUAAAUAUCACAUAGUUCCGUCUACCCUUCAUCAAUGCCUAAAAUAUAUAAAAGAUGGGGAGGAAUAUAGAAUUGAUGGUGAUAUUCGGCCAUUUGGAGUUCAUGAAAUUCGAUAUGAAGAUGCAAGAUAUUUUAUAGAAUUAGAAGAUACAAAAGAAAAUCGUAACAUAUCGAGAGAACAAUCCUCUAAAGAGAAGAAACUUGUAGACGAAAUCAAAAAGGAGUCAACGGUGCCGCAUUUCGGAAGCGACUCGGAUAGCUCCGAUCUCGAUGAAGAUGAAUUAUGUUGGGCUAUGAAGCUUCUUUCAAACAAUUGGAAUACCCCCGAAGUUGAAAACUCAUCAGAAGACGAACAUCACUUUACAGCUUAUGUCAGGGCCGAUAGAAUGAUUGCAAAAGCCUCUGACCUGGUGGAAGAUACAUUAACAAUUCUCAAGGUUCCUGAAGAAUACCACAGACUUAUUCCUGCAAGACAGGUUUCUGUUGUAGACCAUUUAAAAACUUUCUUUGUCCCACCAAAGAUAGAAGAUGUUGAAGGAAGGAGAACAGUAAAAAGAGGAAUCCUUUUUUAUAAAUCAGACGAUAAAAAAUCCACUGAUGUUAUCAGAUCGGAGGAUUAUGAUGAUGAUAUAUACGAGGAUAUAGAAAUUCCAAAUUAUUUUUCAGCUAGCUUGAUAAAGAUGAUACACAAAUUAGGUUGUCCCACAAGGAGGUCUUGGGCCAAUCACAAAUUCUUCCAACGAAUGUGGAAUCCACCGCAAAGAAGAUCCAUACUCCCAAAUGACAAAUCUAGCAAUACCAGAGGCUUAGGAUAUUACAGAAGUUUCGCUUAUCAAGAUAUCUAUACCUGUAAUAUGAUCAAUGCAAAUGAGGAUAUCACUGAACAUUUGGUCGAUGAACAAAAAUCUCUUGAACCAAAAGAUGCACCUCAAGAGCUUGAAGAUGGGGGACAAGCAACUGUAGAUGAACUUCUCGAGAUAAAUUUAGGGACGGAAGAAGACCCCAGACCCACUUAUAUAAGUGCACUGCUUCCAGAAGAAGAACAAGAGAAGCUAAAGACAUUGCUGAUAGAAUUUAAAGAUUGCUUUGCAUGGAGUUAUAAAGAAAUGUCGGGCCUUAAUCCAGAAGUGGCUGUUCACAAGCUAGCUAUAGAUUCUCAAGCUCAUCCAGUGAAACAAGCUCCUAGGAGGAUGAGGGUGGAUCUCGAAGAGCAAAUAAUUACGGAAACCAAAAAGCUCAUUGAGGCAGGCUUUAUAAGGGAAGAGAAAUAUGCUAACUGGAUCGCUAGUAUUGUCCCGGUCAAGAAAAAGAAUGGCCAAAUUCGUAUAUGCGUCGAUUUUCGGGAUUUAAAUAAAGCUUGUCCAAAAGAUGAUUUUCCGCUACCAAUAACGGAACUGAUGAUUGACAAUACCUCGAGUUGCGAGCUAUUCUCGUUUAUGGAUGGCUCCUCAGGAUAUAAUCAAAUCAAGAUGUCGCCAGAAGACGAAAAACACACCGCAUUCAGAACCCCUAUUGGGAUAUAUUGUUAUAAAGUUAUGCCUUUCGGUCUCAAAAAUGCCGGAGCUACAUAUCAGCGGGCAAUGACUAGAAUAUUCGCUGAUUUGCUUCACAAGACAGUGGAAUGCUAUGUCGAUGAUUUGGUUGUGAAAACAAAGAACAAGAAAAAUCACUUCCAAGAUCUAACCACUGUCUUCACCCGAUUGAGAGAAUAUUAG